UGGCUUCCAUUAUCUUGACAUUUUUCUUUUGACGUUUGUACACUCCAUCGGUAAAUAUUGAGUUAGGUUUUUUGCUUUUAUUAUCUCAAAACUGUAAAACUAUGAAACUGUUUUGUUCUCGGAAGAGGACCUAGCUAUGGAUGGUGUACAGUGAUGGAGCUAAAUGCGUAUCGAGCAAAUGAGGUUUUGGAACCGGUAGCCGUGCAGUACUGCCCUGACAGCCCGCGGUCCGCGAGCCCUGCGCCCGUCCUGUCCACAAAUGUCUGCUGUGACUUGGAAGACAUCUUGAGCGACGCCAUAACAGAGUCGCUUCAAACCUCGCUGCGACUGAACCACAGUCAGCUCAUCAACCAAGAGUUGACUAUACGGCCGGAGGCUAACAUAGAACAAAACGUACCGGACGGACUUGACUUGUACAAGGUCAUAUUUGAGGUGGAAAGCGACACCGAACCAGAAAUGGCUGAAGACGGAGUUGCCGUGCAGAAUCACCCUCUACAAGAGCCGGAGUCCUGCCGGCUGGUCGGAGGCUCCAAGUUCUACCAAGUAAUGGAGGGCGCGGCCUCCGGAGACGGCUGCACGCCCUCCCCGACAGAGAAACACGACCACAUGAAGCCGACAGACAGCGAGGACGAAGUUUCAGACGUGGACCAAGAAUGCACCGUGUUCAGCGGCGUCAGCUACCUAGGAGCCCAGAACAUCGCCGACCCCAAAUCUGAGACGGACAUACAGAGGAUCAUGAAGGAACUCAGUUCCAUGCCGGAGAGCAGAGACGGCAUUGCGGUGUCUAUUUCUAUACCUGUCUGCUCGCAAGGGCUCGUUGUGCUAUACCAAGCGGACACGAACAGCGUCAUGACGCGCUACUCCGUCAACCGGAUCCUGUUCUACGCGCGCGGCACGGCCGGCUCGCCCGUCGCGUCCUGCUUCGCGUUCACGUGGUCCCACGGCGAGACGAGGGAGUCGGCUGUAUAUCGCUGUCACGUGUUCCGCUGCCACAUAGCGGAGGCGGUCAGCCAGGUGUCAACAUGCUUCGCAAAGGCGUUCGAGCGCACGCUGCCCCGCUCUAUGGCGUCCUCGGUCGUGGGAGAGCUGAGCGCCGCGCCGUCCAUGACCGGGUCCCUCACGGACAACCUCCCUCCCUGCGCGCCCCCCAUGCAGCUCAUGCACGUGCUCGAGGUCACUGUGGAGAUCAAGGAGACCGAUGCUAAGGGCACAUACAGCCACGUACCUAAAGAGCGUCUGGGCUUCAAACUGCGCGGCGGCAUCGACAAGCAGGUCACCAUCAACGUCCAGCAGGUCACCAGCAGCUCCCAGCCAGUCCAGGUCGAGGGAGACGAGUUCCAGGUACCAUAUGGAGGCUUAUACAUCGAGCGCUGUUUUGGCAUCCUACUGGCUCCAGCGCGAGGUGUUAAACACCCGGACAUGAGGCUCCUCGAAAUGGUCAGCGGCUCCUCAGGGGUGUCAGGGUGCUCCGGCUGCGCCCUCUGGAACGCCGGGGACUCCGCCCUAGCCGCUUUUAACGUUGCAAGCGGCGACGGCGCCCCAUCAUACAUGUCCAUUGCCCUCGACCUGGUUAUCAGGGGCAUACCGGAUCCGCUACGGCUGGUGAUUGAAACCCCGGUGAAAAUAUAUCCGCCGACUGAGCGCUUCUGGUACUACUCAAAAAGACCGCUGGUGCAACAGUUCAUCAUCAAUUUGAAAGAGACGGUAGACGCCCAAGGCAUGCUCCAGUAUGAAGUCGCCAACGUGGAAACAUCGGGCGAAUUCGACCGUUCGCGUCUCAACUUGCCCCUGCUGUCCAGCCUGCUGCCCUCGCCGCUCUCUAACGCUCCCGCGCCGUCCUCGCCCCUUGAUGACUCAGAUGGCGACGAGCCCAUGCUUAGCGGCACCGGCGACGUCUCAAAAGACUGCGGCGAGGAGGUGCUCGAGAACUGGGCCAAUGUUCUCAGGAGUUGGACCGGACCUCGCCCUAAAACCCUAGACAAUCUCGUCCGCACCAAAGGGGUCCCAGAGGCCCUUCGCGGCGAGGUGUGGCUCCGGCUUGCCGAGGUCGAGCAGUGCGACAAGCUCAUGGAGACCUACAGGACGCUGAUCAGUCAGGAAUGCGAAGAGGAAGCGGUGAUCCAACGUGACAUAGCCCGCACCUUCCCCGCCCACGACUUCUUCCGCGAGGCCGGAGGCCUCGGGCAGGACUCGCUACUACGCCUGGGCCGCGCUUACGCCAUCUAUGACUCGGAAGUUCGAUACUGCCAGGGACUGAGCUUCUUAGCGGCCACGCUAUUGCUACACAUGCCGGAAGAGCAAGCUUUCUGCCUCCUUGUGCGUCUCAUGUACGGCUACGGUCUACGGGAACUGUACAAGGAUGGGUUCGAAGAACUUUACAUGAGGCUCCAUCAACUGGAUAGGCUUAUGGAGGUGCAGCUGCCAGAUCUCCGCGCCCAUUUCCAGCAGCUCGGCGUGGAGCCGCACAUGUUCGCCUCCCAGUGGUUCCUGACUGUGUUCACGGCUAGAUUCCCGCUGCCUCUGGUGUACCACAUCCUAGACGUGUUCCUCCUGCAAGGCAUAAACACGUUGUUCCAAGUGGCUCUGGCAUUACUGACUCGCUCUCGCCGAGACUUGUUACAACAUGACUUCGAAGGCGUACUCAAAUAUUUCAGAGUAACGUUACCGAAAAAAUGCCGCUCCGAAGAAGCCACGUCUCACGUGAUAAAACUGGCGUGCAGCAUCAAGGUGCCGCAACGGCGGCUGCAGAAAUACCAGCAGGAGUAUGAGAAGUUCGUCAAAGAAGCGGCAGAGAAGGAGAAGUUCAACGAUGAACUGGAGCGGCUGAAGACCACCAACAGUCAGCUGCAGAAGGAGAAAGAGACACUCGAAACGCAGUUGGCUGAGAGCCGCGCCUCGUUCGAGGCUGCUCGGAAAGAGACGGCCCACCACGCCGCCGUAGCGCGCGACUACCGCGACAUAUGCGCGCGGCUCGACAAGCAGCUACACCAGAUGCAGGAUUACACCAAGGCCUGCACCACAUGCAGCGUUAAAAUAGCGCAGAAAGACAACAAGGAAGAAUCCGAACAAGGAAGCGACAAGGAAAGCAGUAGCGACACAGAAGCCCAACUAAGGCAACGCGUGCGAGACUUAGAGCUAGAGCUAGCUCAAGUCAAGCUGGCUUUAGUCGAGGCGCAGUGUAGCAACCAGGAGCUAAGUCACCAGCUGAACACGGCCCUCAACGAGGUGCAAUCCGCCAUGAACCAGAAGCAAACCGUCGCUCCCUGGCUCGUGCGCACGCUCGGAUCCAUUAUGGAGGCGGCACAGAACCGGCCGUCUUUCCAGACUUACCUGCCCACUGACGCACCAGCGCAGCCCCUGCGGCGCCAGGGCUCCUUCACGGGCUCCCAGGGACAAGCAGGCCACGGGCAUGCCAACCUCGACCGCCGCGUGUCCGAGCCGACGGACGCCGUAGUCACCCGAAGGAGGCCCGAAGAUCCCAAACGGCACUCCAUGGUCGUGGACACCCCCCGCGAGCCUAAAGACAACAGGCGGAGCCACGACGGACACUCCGUGGGUUGAGGAGCUUGUGACGCGCCGUGGUAGUUUUGCUCUUAAGUUUUAUAAUUUCGGUGGUAUCUUUAUUGGGUGACAUUACUUGUAUAUCAUUUCGGUGGUAAAACCUUGGUAUGUCAAGCGAGUAAAUCAUGUCUCGUGUUGGCGACUCUUUGGAAAACUUUAUACCACCUUUUGGAUAUUAGUUACCUAUCGAGGCACAUAAGCAUUCGGCUGCCGCGGUCACCAGAAGGAUGCCCGAAAACCCCAAUCGGAAAUCCAUGACUGUGGAUACCCCCGCGAGCCUAGAGCGAACAGGCGUACCCAUGACGGACAGUGCAUGGGUUAAAGAGUUUGUGAUACGCCCUGUUUUAUUGUUUUGCUCUUUUUUUUAUUUCGGUGCCACCUUCAGCCCGGCUGAUGUUACUUUUAUAUCAUUUCGGUGGCAGAACCUUAACGUUGGCGGUUACUUGCGCAAGUCCAGCGGUGUAACAAGCGAGUUUACCCUUUCAAACAACAACUACAUUAUAACUCCUUCUGGUGAGAAUCAGGGCAAAUAAACCCUUUUUACGUCGAGGUCAACGAAAAAAGUCCGAAUGUGACCAAGACUCUCUCAUUACUUGUUUUCAUUUACUUACAGCGUUGUCUUAAGUUUGUGGUCUAAUAUUUGGUAACACGCAAAUUUCAAGCGCGUUAGAUUAAAAAAAAAACACUUAGUUAAGUUUAUUUCGUUAACGCAAAUCAACUUACGAGCAAAAUACGGGGGUGUGGUCUGCAUGUUUUUUUUUUGUGAUAAUGAGUUGUCCAUGAUAACGCUAUCUUGAUACCGGAACAUCUCACCACGGGAGUGAUAAAACGGGUUGUCAUUCAAAAUACAUUCACUUGAAAUAUGAUACUAAUUCUCUUCGAUAUAAGAUUCAUUUUGUAUUGAAAUUCGUACUUGCGUGUUGUGGGUACACCGAGGCUUAGUACUUAUUUUCAAUGUCAUGUAUUUUACUAACAAUCUGCAUAGCUUUUAGCGGGUCAAACACCGUCAGUAAAUAAUGAUGUCAUUAAUACUGAUGGUGGCGCCUCCACAUUUAUUUUAUAAGUAGCUAUAAGUGUGUAGGAGAUGUAUUGGAUAUAUAAAUGUGCACAUAACCCUAGUCCUUGUAUUACAAUAAUACGUUGUUAAUAUAUGUUAAUCGAUAUUAUUAAUGAAUAAUUCACUUAUUAUAUUGUAAUGUAGGUUAAGGUUCACGUAUGCGAAAGUUUACGUCACAUCAAUAUUAUUAUGUUAGCAAUACUUUAAUUUUAUGUAUUCUCUUUUUUGUGUGAUUAUAAUUGUCCAAACUAUAGUAGGAAUGCGUUAAUAAUAUUUCAAUAUCUUAUUACGUGACUGCUGACAGUCCGCAUUUUUCAACACUUGUCAUUCAAAGUAAUUAUGAAUGAGAUGUAAUAUUCUCUAAAACAGUGUCUCUAAUGAAACUGAAUGUAACUUUGCUUCCUGCAACCUCGAUAGUUAACAUCAAAAUCUGAGUUUCUAAAUCCACAAUAGUAUUUUCAUACGAGUAUCAAUAAUAAUGAUAGUCUAAUCCGGCUCUUUCAUCACUUGUAGGUGUGAUACGUGUGGCCAUUUAUUUAGAUUGCCAUAGCACGAGUGCCUUUGGUAUGGUAAGAUGUAAGGUGCUUUGCACGGAAACUAAUGUCAUUUCAAACGUCAAAGGGGUUGACAACCACCGGGAGCCUAUGUCCAUUGGUAAAUCAUAUUGCAACGAGAUAAAAGCUACCGAUGUCAGUUAAGAGGGAGCUAACGAAAAUUGUAUUUUCAUAUUAAACUUUGACGCGUAUAAAUCAAGGGAAAAUGUCAUGAAAAAAUCAUACGGAAAGUAGAUACCUCGCCUUAAUGACAUUACUUUCGUGCGAAGGUACGUACGUAUGUUGUGACGUGUUCCUCGUAUUUAUUUAUAUUUGGAUUAAGUGGUGUGUCGAAUCGUGGUAGUGUAUAAUAAGUAUAAUAACGAAUUGCGAAAUUUGGGGUACGCCGAAGAUAAAAUGGUUAGGUACUUUUGUAUGGCCCUUGUGUUUUAAAGGAUUGGUUUUAUGUCAUAUUAUACCGGUUGGGAUUUGAAAGGAAUAUAUAUAUUUUUUUUAUUAGAUCCUAAAUUUAAUACAAAGUGGAUUAACCCGGAAAAAAUAUGACGAACACAGGGUCUGUUUAAAAGAUCGUAUUGUUCUAAUUCAAGAAAUGUACUGAACGUAUACAUCGUAGUUAAUUUCUAAAAUCUGCACAUACAAGUAUCCUUACCACAGACACAUUCGUAAGCGACUGCUUAAACUAACUCGCAUCUCCCUCGUACUGAUAUUGGUGCAAGCGAGAUGCACUGCAUUUGAGAUGACGCAGCGCAGUCGCUAUCUUUUGCGGUCGGUCUAUUUUUAACUGAUUAUAAUUAAUUUAUUAUCUCAUGUCUCUAGAGAUUUAUAUCGGCUUAUUUAGAAAGUGUACCAAAAAUAGAAUAAACACGUCAAUGUUUAUUGCAUAUUAGUACGUAAUACCUUAGAGUUAAGGUAUAAUAUCGAAGCAGGGCAUGGUCUGCAUUCCUUUGUCUCAUUGCUUAUAUCACUGCUUGAAUGCUAGAGGGAAAAAUGUAGUAUUUUAACAACAGUAACGCCAUACAAAAAUAACGUUAUAACUAAAAUAUCUUAAAAUGUUUUAAUCAAUAAGUGGCGGGCACCUGUUCUAUAUUUAUUAAUUUUAUUAUAAAUAUGAUAUUACUUUAGCAAUCAAGUUAACCCCUUUGCAGUUAUAUAUAUUCCUCGCGUCUGUAUAUGUAAAAUGUAUCGUUUGCUCUACUGGAUAAGAAUAAAUUUGGUAUCCGAACGAUCUUCUAGAAAUAUAUCGAAAAUAAAAAAAUAGGGACCUAAAGUAACUAUUAUUUAACGAUAUUGACAUGAUAAUACUUAUAUUUAAUAAUUAUAUUCGCUAUUAUAAUUAAAUUUUAAUAAUGUCAAUUGAUGAUUUGCUGAUUGUAUUAUGAAAACCGCAUUUUGAAUGUUAUUUUCUUCGAUUUAGUGUGAUAUGUCAUAUCGAUUUCGCUGCGUAUGAUUUUCGAGCAGCGGAGUGUCUACAACCGCGUCCUGUAGUAUACAGGGUGUUUAUAUACUCUGUAUAUAAGUAUAUUUCAGAGACGGGCGGACACUUUAUGUAGACACCUAAGACCAUACACAAUAUAAAAAUCGUUUUAGUAGUAGGUUUAAUACUAGGAUUUAAAGCAAGCUGUGUAAUUCUUAACUCUGUAAGGACAGUCGAUCGAAGAUUAUGUUGAGCAAAUCUACCUAUAUCAUGUACCUACUCGUAUGCGACAAGGUUGUAAAUAUGCUCAAUAUUUUCAGGGGCUGACUGUACAAUCAAGUAGAUGAUAUAGUCACAGACGGAAUGCCCAAAAUGAUCAGCGGGCUCAGCACGGUUCCAUUUUUAUCGACUAUCACUAUGCGCGUCCCUUUCGCACUUACAUACUUGUUAGAACGUGACAGGCAUGGUGACAAGGGAUAAAAACGCGACCGUGCUAAGCCGCCAGAACUCUAUAAGUAGUUCGUUUUUUUUAGCAUUAGAAAAAAGGUAAACAAUCUUGAUGUGUAUUUUAAUUGAAAAACACUUUUUUUAAAUAAGUCACGGCAAAUAUGUAACAAUUAUGAAUCUAAUACGAUCAUUUAUAUUCUUCUGCUUUCAUAAGUAAUAGUUAAUGAUUUUUAAAAAGCGUUUUUCAAUUAAAAGGCAUGUCAAGAUCGCUUACCUUCUUUCUAAUGCUAAAAAACGAACUAUAUACUGGCGCGGUCAUUUGAAGCAGAUUCUGCCGCGGACUGUACAAGGCUUAUUUGUAACCGCUGCCAUAUAACGUGUCUCACCUCUUCACAUCGCCUUAGUUUUUAGUUUCACCAAAAUGAUUUAUUGUAAAAAUGUAGCUAUCGAUUACAUACAAAUUCCAUCCAAUUUUAUUUCUUUUUUAAAGUAUGUUCGAAAUAGCUGCAAGAUAAUAAUAUAAUUCUAUAGUUUAACUCACGGCUAUCGGUCUUCGUGACAUGUCAUGGUAUUUUUACUCUUUUUUCUGAUCUACAGUCAAGUCUAAAAAUUAUGGGUGCACUCAUCAUACUCAAAAAUGUCCCAUAGCUAUUAUGUCAGCGUAUUAAGAACUAUGGGAUAUAUUUUUGAGUAAGUUGUAUGCACCAAUAUUUUUACACUUCACCGUACUUCACACCAGAAACUUUCGAAAUAUGUCUUGAAAAGAAAAAUUGAUUAAAAAUAUUAAGGACUGUUUUAACUUCCCAUAGCUGUCCUGUGACUUCACUUUCUCUGGCCUCGUGUUUUAACACUUUUAACUUUAAUCUUACUAGAGUCGGACCAAGCUAACUCUGCAUGGCAUUUGCAAUGGCAAAGUUUGGAAUUGUCAUCAUUAAUGUCAAAUUUCUAUGAUAAUAUGACGUUUAUAAUAACACUUUAAUUUUGUUCUAUAAAGUCCGUGCAAAGUUACGUUAGACGGACUCUAUCUAAUCUUAUCCUUAUUAAUCCUUUGAACUCCACUCCUAUAUCAUGCGCGGCGCGUCAUCGUGAACCUUGUGGGAAUGCACGAAGGUUGAUACAGAUGUAGCACGGAAACGUACGAACCUGUCUUGCUAUUUCAGUCAGUCUCGGUACAAAAAGUACUGACGUUGACUGAAGUAGCAUGACAAAUACGAACGUUUCCAAGAAAAUACGAUAAAAAAACAAUUAUGCACUACGUCUAUAUUGGGUUGUAGCCGCGCGCGUCAGUCGACUUCUUUGACGGUCAAAGAGUAUGACUUUUUGCCAUCACUAACAUAAAUUCGUGAGUUAAACUGUAGAUUUAGAAUAGUGUUAGCGUAUUUAAAUUGAACUAGCCACAGUGUAGUUUUGUUAAAUUGUUACAUUUGAUAUUGUGGAACAGUACAAACAGUAUACAAAUUACAUGAGCUUAAUAAACAUUUGUAAGCUAGCCGAUUAGCUAUAUGGUAGAAUGCAUAGCGCUUAUUAUUUGCCUAAAGCUAAAGGUAGACGUCCACAUGGCCGCAUCGGAUGCAUCGCACGUCAGCCCACUUGUGUGACUUUCUAUACAAAGAAUACUAAAUCCGUUCCGUGCGAUGCGGCCCUGUGGAGGUCUACCUUUAUAACACUGGUUUUUUUGACAGAAUUGUGAGGUUGCCUUUUGGACGCCAAUAACGCCUAGAGUUGUCAUGUGUAAUUUAUGAACGACGUAUGGCGUUCAAAGGGUGUAUAAGGAUAUCAUUGAAGAAAAUGACGUUAUAUAUUAUUAUAAAACUAAUGCCACAUUCAAAUGCCAUUUUCACACAUUCCAGUAAAAAUGCGUGUAAUGUAACAUAUUUACGAAUAAUGUUUUACUGUCGGAAAGUUUCCAAAAUCGCGAAAUUUACACAUUAUUAUAUUUAGGAAAUUUCUCAUAUUUUUGUAUGGGGAUCGAAAUUUUUCGUUUCCAAAAUGAAAGUUUCCUUAAUUUCCUAUGUAACUUUCCGAUAACUUUUCCAAAUUUUUUGUAACUUUUCGGAACUUGCACGUUUGUAUUUACUAACAUUCACUAGUAGAACAUUAUUUGCGUAGCGUACUUAUGAUUAUGUAAGUUAAUGUCUUAUGAAAAUUGUAUUAUUUUGAGAUUUGGCUUUUACUAAAUUGCCUAUACUCUUGGAGACUAAAUGAUCUCUAUAUGAUAUUAAGAGCUAUUAUGUUUGUUGCACUGAUUAAAUGGUAUUGAUUAAUUAAUAAUUUUCUAUUGCUUUUUGUGUUGUAAUUAUUUAUGUGGUAAAAACUGGCCGUAACUGGUAACAAUUUUUCAAAACAUUUACAUUACGAAAGCGCUCAAAAAUAACUUGACAUGGAUCAUAAGUAUUGUGAUUAAAUUUGAGUCUGUGACAAGAACUUUUUGAGCGCUUUUUUAAAUUGGAUAUUUUAAUUACAUUAUGCGUAUUUAAAAGGAUUUUGUAUGUGUCAUUCCGUGUAAUAACAUCGUAUUUGUCGUAAACAUACUUUGCAAAAUGUGUACAGAUGUAGUGCAUAAUUAUUUUCCUUCGUCUUUUCACGGAAACAUACGAACGUGUCUUGCUAUUUCAGUCAGUCACGGUACAAAAAGUACUGAGGUUGAUCGAAGUAGCAUGCCAAAUACGAACGUUUCCGAGAAAAUGCGAAGGAAAACAAUUAUGCACUACAUCUGGAAUAGAGUAUAUUUAAAACGGUGACUGAGCUACACCUAAAGUCCCUUUUUAUAAUACGCAUACCUUUUUUCUAUACUAUCAGUGAACUAUCAGUUCAUUUUGUAACCCUCUACACAAUGUCUAACCGUGUCCAAAGUUUCGGCUAAGUUUACUACCUACCCUAUUUAUGAUUUGUGUUUUACUUUAAUAACUGUUCCCUAGAAUAACUCACGUGAAUCGGUUAUUUUUGAAUAUUCCAGUAAUAAGUUAUUAUGUCAAACAAACAUUGAAAAUAUUCUGGUGAAAACUUUAGUUGUCAAAGUCAAAAUAUUAGACAAUUUCAAAAUGUAACCGUGAACUUGAGCGAUAUUUGACCUUUAAAAUAUUAUCAUCAUUCGAAAUGACUCACUAUCAAACCAAGAUAAUAUUUUUAGGGUUCGAAAGCUCCUAGCAUCUAGGGAUCGCUUGAUACGUUGUAGUAGUAAGCUAUAUAAAUCUACGUAUAGCUUUAUAAGUAUGCAAAAGCAUUAGACAAUGACGUUAGAGUGAGCUGUAUUCACUGACAAGUGUUGUUUUAGUGUCUUUAUGGAAAUAAACAUUUUACAAAUA